CCAGCAACAAUGUUUAAUAUUGGGACAAGUUUAAGGUCCAGAGUGAUGAAUGGAGUCAGUGUACUCACAUCCAUACGUAACCUAGGUUAUAUGGGAUUUUUAAGACCAAAUGAAGGGGCCGUUAAAGGAUAUAAGAGAGUAGGUAGAGGUCAAGCUUCAGGAUUAGGUAAAACUUCUGGUAGAGGUCAAAAGGGUCAAAAGGCUAGAGGAAAAGUACCUCAUUUAUUUGAAGGUGGUCAAACACCAUUUUAUAAACGUUUCCCAAUCAUAGGGUUUAAAAGACCACACAAGAAAAUAUACCAUCAAUUGAAUUUAGAAAGAAUUCAAGAAUUUUGGAAUAGUAAUAGAAUACCUUUAAAGGAAGGUGAAUUAUUAGAUAUAAAAACCAUGAAAGAAUGUGGUUUAAUUACUGGUGGUAUUAAAGAUGGGGUGAAAAUUUUAGCUAAUGGAUCUGAACAAUAUAAUGUUCCAUUAAGUAUUGAAGCAUCCAGAGCUUCUAAGUCAGCCAUAGAACUGAUUGAAAAAAUGAAUCAAACUUUUACAGCAAGAUAUUUCACAAAGUUAGGAUUACGUGCUCAUGUGCUUCCAGAUAUAUUCUUAUUGAAGAAGGGUUAUUUACCAAUGCAAGCAAGACCAACUCAUAAGAGAGAUAUCAAAUAUUAUUCUGAUCCAGAAAAGAGAGGUUACUUAUUAAAGGACACUUCAUUAUUAUUGGAUCACUUAAAGGAAGAUACAAGAAGCUUCAAGAAGGAAGUUACUAAAUCAGCAUUAGAACAACAAUUGGAAACAGCCUCCAAAAAGAGAAGUAGUGAUGAAGUUAGAUACAUUUCUGUAGUGGACUUCCUUAACAAGAACGAAAUCUAUGAGCCUCACACCUACUCCAUGUAAAUAAAUCUGUCUAUAUAAUCGUAUAAAUAGUUGACAUAUAUAUAUAUAUACAUAUACAUAUAUUAUCAUACCAC